AUCAACACUGCUCACAAGAACUGCGUCUGUAGAUCUGCUGUAGAUCUAGAGUCUGUUCUGUAAACCCUGUUCUGUACAUCUACUGGUGAAACAUCGUGGCUUUCCCCAAAAUUAUUCAUACGUGCGGAAAAGGAAGCCGACGGACGUGACCGUUCGUUUCGAAGGUGUCGUCCGACUUUCUCGCACCGGCGCGAGAAGAGGUCAAUGUCGCGGCUCAGUUUUCUACGGGUGGGUGCUGCGCUCUUGCUUGUCGUUCAGCUCAUACCGUGGCACAAUGCUCACAGCGCACCGGUAUCCUCGCCGUCCAACGUUCUACUGAUGGUGGUGGAUGAUUUACGUCCGGAAUUAGCCGCGUACGGCUUCAACCACAGCUCGCCAAACAUCCAGGACUUUGCCAAGACAGCAGCACUGUUCAACAGUGCGUACUGCCAGUAUUCUAUAUGUGCACCAAGCCGAUCGUCUUUCCUCACUGGUCUACGUCCACAGACUACACAGGUGUUUGAUCUGAAUACAUACUUCCGCAGCACACCCGGCCUGGACAAUGCCGUCACCCUGCCGCAGUUCUUCAAGAACAAGGGCUAUCGGGUGGCCGGCGGUGGCAAGGUCUUCCAUCAAGGUGUAUCCUCCGGUGGUGAUGAGGACAGUGCCAGCUGGACUGAGCCCUACUACACUUCACCCAAUGGCCGGAGCUUUACCGGAAAGGCAGUCUCGUGGGAAGCGCGGGCCGAUCCGGAAUCCGAGUUUCCAGACUAUCAGGUAGCAAGCAACACCAUCGAGCAGAUGCGUUCGCUGAAGCACGGCAAGUUCUUCAUUGCCAUGGGCCUGCACAAGCCUCACCUACCGUUUGUUUUCCCACAGUCCUAUCUUGACCGGUACCCACUCCCAGUAGCGCUGGCAGAUGACACCAGUCCACCAACCGACUUGUCCAACAUAGCAUGGAGCAACUAUGCAGAGCUACGUGGAUACCAGGACAUUGCCAACCUGAACCUGAGGCGAGGUCAGGGUAACUGGAUGCCAGACUCGAAGGCCGCGGAGCUGCGGCGGGCAUACUGGGCAGCCACCUCCUUCGUUGACGAUCAGAUUGGUCGGGUACUGACCGAACUGCGGACGCUCGGCCUUGACCAGAACACCACAGUGGUGCUGCUGAGUGACCAUGGCUGGCACCUGGGCGACAUGGCCGAGUGGGGAAAGGGCACCACGUUUGAGCCCGCCAAUCGUGUCGUGCUGAUGAUCCGCGACCCGUCGCGUUCGACAACCGCCGGCGCCAGAAUCUCCACCAAUGUUGAACUGCUCGAUGUGUACCCAACGCUUGUUGACAUAGCUAACUACGAGAUCCCGGCCACACUGCAGGGAAAGUCCCUGACGCCACUGCUGAGCGGUGAAGAGGCACCGUCCACGUGGAAGGAUGCGAGCUUUUCACAGAUCCUGCGCGCCAGCAAUGCGUUCGCAAGUAGUCCCUUAAUGGGCUAUACGGUGCGGACGGAGAGCUGGCGCUACACCGAGUGGGUUAGCUACGACACCGCCACCGGCCUCACAGACUGGGAUGCUGUUCAGUCUGUGGAGCUGUUCGAUCACCGUGACGAUCCCAGGACCAUCUUUGGCUACUCGGAGAGAGUCAAUCUGGCUGCCGAUACCAACUACCACACAGUCCGCGAGGAAUUGAGUGCAUUGUUGCGAACACAGACAUCGGUCAACGCUGAUAUGCCAAUACAUGAGCUGACUGAUGCACCAACCAGCGAGGAAUCAACUUCAAGCCCACCACCAACUCCGUCUGAAUUGGUAACAUCAAGUCCAGUCGAGUCGCCUUCACAGCCAGGCUCAACAGCUUCAUCCGAGACCACACGUCAACGGCGACCGGGCAGAAGGAGAGGGAAGAAAGGAGGAAGGUCGUAGUGCCAAUGCAGACAAAAUCUGUUUCGAGUGCACAUUCAUGCUGCCUGACAAGCUUAGUUUCCUAGUCGUCAUUUAUGGUACUACAAUAAUAUAAUUAUUAUAGCAGGUCGUACAUGUAACUUAUAAUACUAGGACGCUUUUAAUUCAUGCAGUACUUACU